AUGUUAUCGGAUGACGAAGAGAUUACAGUGCGUAAUCCAUACUCAAAAACCGGUGCAACUGCAGUGCGUAGCAGCAAACGAAGCCGUACAAGCCGACAUGGCGAAGCUCAAAGUGCUGCUUUAGAGGCAAUCAGGGAAGCGCAUAAGACGGGGCGCGUUCGUCGACGUGACGUCAGUACUUUGCAAAAACCUGUUUAUGAAGAGGUUGAUGAGGAUGAAUACCAGAAAAUUAUUCGAGAAAGACAAGAGAAUGAUUUUGUCGUCGAUGAUGAUGGGAGUGGUUACGUCGAUCAUGGUCUUGACUUUUUUGACGAUGAAGAAUUAGUAGAGGAAUAUAACGAGCCAAGGAAAAAGAAGGCUAAGGGAGGAAAACGCAAACGAUUAGCCGAGUUCUUCUCCUCAGUUCCCAAAGCAAAGAAGGACGAUUAUGUCACUGGAACUAUAAGUGACAAUGGUGAAGCCUGUGACAACAGCCACGAAUUAGUUUGCAUAUAUUUUUUAUUUUUCGUCUUUAAAAUUCCCGGAUUAGUUAGAUCCCAGACGUAUAGAGUGAAUGCUGUGUCACUUGCUGAUGAUCCUGAUGUUGAAGCUUUGCUAAAUGAAGUGGAAUUCAACAGUUCUUCGAAGGAAAAUAGCGAAUCGCUAGCUUGUAAAAUCCCAAAAAGAACGGUGCUACAUGCCGAUUUUCCUGAUGUGAAGCCUCUGACAAAUAAGUUGGAGUUUAGUAAUCAAUUAAAAGAAAUUGAUGAGCGAUUAUGCGCUCCUAAGGUCUCCAUGGGGACUGAAACAUCUACUGAUGGCCUUGAUGUUAAACCUCUGUUGAACGAGACGAAAUUGGAUAAUCCGUUGAAAGACAAUGAUGGAUUACUGUGUGGUCGCGAAACUCAAACGAGGACCCUUCCAGUUGCUGGUGGUGUUGAUGAUAAACCCUCAAUAAAUGAAGUGAUAUUCGAUGACCCUGCAAAAGAAAAUGAUGAACUGCUGUGUGCUCAUAAAAUUCCUGCUUGGGAGUCAGCUAACUUGGGAGCUGGUAAUCUCUCUGGGAACAUGGAAGAGAUCGCGGAAGUUGAAGCAGGCAGCAGUGAGGCACGGUUUUUCUCUGAGAAGCUUGAAGGCAAAAUUUCUGUGAAAAUGUUUUGGCUUGAUGCCUUUGAAGACCCCAUCAGAUUUCCAGGAACUGUAUAUAUUUUUGGUCGCGUGUUAAAUAAUGGUAAAUCUGAAAGCUGUUGCCUAGUAGUGAAAAAUAUAUGGCGGCAAAUCUUUUUCUUACCGAACGAAUCGAUAGCGUGUUGCGACGCUUCUAACGCUAUUAAUGCGUCACUUUACAAUGAAGUGCACUCGCUGUUGAAGAAGAUAGGAGCAACUACACUUGUGGACAAGAAGUUUGCUUUUAAUGACGGCAAUAUUCCGUCUCAGGCUUCUGUGCUUGAAGUGCAGUAUUCUUUUUGUUACAUUCUUUCGCUUCUACUUAAAAGUAAUCGGAUACUGCAGAGUGCACAUCCGGCGCUUCCAGCGAACUUAAAAGGUGAAACUUUUACCCACGUUUUCAAUACUACCUCCACAGCUAUGGAACGCCUUCUGCUUGAAGCCGAGUUGAAGGGGCCUUGCUGGAUUGAAGUAUCUGAAUGCAUGGAGUCAGCACCCCGAGUCAGUUAUACAAAGCAUGAGUAUAUAGUUAAUGGGGAGCGAAUGAAAUCGAUCAGUAUUUUAGAUAUCAGCGAUCCGCCACCAACAAUUAACAUAUUAGGUUUAAAUAUUAUAUCCGUCGUCAAUGACAAGGCGGAGAACGAGAUUGGAGAGGCUUUGUUGUAUGUUUCACUACAGUCUGUUCAAAGUGUCGAAGUAGUGUUUUUGCUCAUGAAAUUUAUUUCAGUCGUUACAAAGCCCGCAGGGAAGGUGCUUCCAUUUAGCUUAAAAACUCAUCUUUCACAAAGUAAACUUGAGAAAUAUGUAAAAGAAGCAUCUAAUGAGCGCCAUCUGCUAAGCCAGCUAUUGUGCAAAAUCCAGACUUUGGAUCCUGAUGCGUAUCUGGGUCAUGAUUUGGGAGCUCAGUUUUCCGUACUGUCAUCGCGGUUAGAAAAACUGAAAAUUGCCAACUGGUCUUGUACAAGUCGUUUAAGAAGAACUAUCGCAAUUAAACAGUUGGGCCACACCAAAGCCGCAAGUUGGGGCUUUAACGCAGGGCGGUUUGUUUUGGAUAGUAGAUCUUCCUCUAUGGAGCUCAUCAGGUCGCGCAGUUAUGAUCUAGUGGAAUUAGCUGAAUCUGUUCUUCAGUUUACCUGGGAACCGAUCACUAGUAUCAGCACAUGCUAUUCCUCAGCAGCUGGGCUAGUGAGUUUAAUCAGUUCUUCAUUUGAUGAGUUGUGGUUGUCUUUCUCACUUAUAGCUCGUUUGAAUGCUUUGCCUCUCUUCGUGAAAAUAACGCAGAUUGUUGGGGGAGUUUUGUCUCGGACGAUGAUGGGAGGCAGAGCCGAACGUAAUGAGUAUCUCUUGCUGCAUGCUUUUCGUAAAAGUGGUUAUGUGGCUCCUGACAAAUAUCAGAAAGGAAUCAUUAGAAGUGGUUUUGAUGCUGCAGAUCAGAAUGUUGCUCGAGAUGAGGGUGAAGUAAAUGAGAAGUCUUCAAGGAAAGCACAAUACUCAGGAGGGCUUGUGCUUGAUCCAAAAAAAGGCCUUUACAACAACUAUGUGUUGCUCCUCGACUUCAACAGUUUAUACCCCAGCAUAAUACAAGAGUUCAACAUCUGUUUCACCACAGUGGCUCAGAAUGAUACGGAAAAUGAAACUCCUGCUGUUUUGACAGGACGUUCGGAAGAGGGUAUUUUGCCACGGGAAAUCCGUGCGCUAAUCGAGCGGCGCCGUGAAGUGAAAAAGUUGAUGAAAUCCGAUAGGAUAUCUGAGCAGUUGCGGACUCAAUAUGACAUACGUCAAAUGGGUUUGAAACUGACAGCGAAUAGUAUGUAUGGUUGCUUAGGUUUUGUGCAGUCACGUUUUUACGCGAAGUCGCUUGCUGCUUUAAUAACUCUUCGAGGAAGAGAGAUCUUAACGGCUACUAAGGAUGCGGUAGAGAAACUUGGUUAUACUGUUAUUUACGGGGACACAGAUUCUAUAAUGAUUGAUACAGGACUUUUGGAUUUAGAACAAGUCAAACGUCUUGGUCACGAAAUAAAGAAGAAUAUUAACAAACGAUAUAAAGCAAUUGAGCUUGAUUUAGACGGGGUAUACAGACGGCUAUUAUUGCUGAAGAAGAAGAAAUAUGUUGGACUUGCUGUUGAUUUAAGCACUGGGAAACUGAAACGAGAAGCAAAAGGAUUAGAUAUAAUUCGUCGUGACUGGUCAGGUCUUGCAAAGGAGAUAGGGAUGGAGGUUGUUGACAUUAUUCUGUCUGAUCUUGACGAACCGGAAAUGGUGGGAAAGAUCCAUGAAACUCUUGGUGCCCUUGGGGAAAGUUUGAGGGCAGGAAAAAUUGAGAACUCUAAAUUCCAGAUCUUGAAGCAGCUAACUAGAGGUGUGGAUGAUUAUGAAGACGCCAAGACACAGCCGCAUGUUGCCGUAGCGCAGAGGUUGAACUCUACUGGCGAUUUUCGGUUCCAUCGUGGCGACAUUGUUCCUUACGAUGGAACCAGUAAUUCUGCCGUUCAACGCGCAUAUCACCUGACAGAAAUGGAAAAAAACAAAGAGCUUAAAAUAGACACCCAUUAUUAUCUAGCACAGCAAAUCCAUCCUGUUGUGUCCCGCUUGGAUGGAAAUAACUAUCGAGCUCGCAUAAACUUCCACAUUGAUGAGAAUCAGAGUGAAACCGCCCCAGGUGCUCAGUUAGAUUUCAGCGAAUGUGAACCUUUUACUUUUCGAUGUCCGUACAGUGAUUGCAACGAGGAAGUGACAGUCAGAGAGCCUUUCCUUGGAGAUGUAAAUAUUUUCCGUUAUUUACAAAAAACUUGUUCAAAUGCUUUGCAUUUUGCUUAUAGUCGAGAGAGGAAAGGAAUCGUCUUUUUUUUGCGAUUUCAGGGCUUGAACAUCCAAACAUGGUUAGAUAAUUGUCCAUUUUGCACGCGUUCAUUUUUACCUUUUUCGAGUUACUUCAACAACCAGCUCGUAUGUGCAAUAACUUCCCACAUCAACAGUUAUUACUUGCCUCUUUAUGUUUGUGACGAUAUAACAUGCGCAUUUCAAACUAGGAGGCAAGGGCUCAACUGGUCUCGAGAUGGUGUUCGUUGUCCAAAGUGUUCUUAUGGGUUUUUGAAACAAAAGUACUCGAGAAGACGCCUUUUUGCUCAGCAGACGUUUUAUCGUUCGAUAUUCGAUUUUGAAAAGGGUUUAACCACGCACAAACUCGAACAACAAAUCCUUGAUUGCUCUUCAGUUGUCUUACUAUAA